AUGGCCUUCCAGCAAAAUGAAUCUUCGCCCGUUUCGGCUCAGUCCUCAUUAUCGUUUACCCAGGGGUUUCUCCUGGGUCAGCUCUCCGUGGUCCUGUUGAUUGGAGCCUUCAUCAAGUUCUUCAUCUUCGGUGAAGCGCCGCCUCCGCCCUCUCGUGGCCUCCGUUCCGCAACGCACCGACGCUCCAAUUCGAUCUAUACCAUCGCCUCGAAUGAUGGGACCUCCGGGACCUCUAGAUCCUUAAGAGAAAAGCCGUCGACCUCGAACGUUCUUCGUCCCGUCCCGUCGUCGUCGACCAACACUCGAUCCAUCCUCCGGAAGACCUACUAUGGUUCCAUUCCGACCAACCCGCCGACAAAACAUGGCCGCCAUCGGGUCCACCACUCUUCUCAUCAACCUGAAUCACUGGAUUGGUUCAAUGUCCUGAUUGCACAAACCAUCGCACAAUAUAGACAAACCGCGUACCUCUUGAAGGAUUCACCGACGUCUUCCAUUCUCAGCUCGCUCACGGCGGCGUUGAACAAUCCGGAAAAGAAGCCUUCCUUCAUAGACAAUAUCACGGUGACGGACAUAUCCCUUGGAGAGGAAUUUCCGAUAUUUAGUAACUGCCGCAUCAUUGCGGUUGAUGAUCCCAACUCCGACGGUGGAAGACUACAGGCAUUGAUGGACGUGGACUUGAGCGACGAUAACCUAUCGAUUGCCAUUGAGACUUCCUUGCUGCUAAACUACCCCAAACCAUGCUCUGCAAUCCUCCCCGUUGCCCUGUCUAUUUCAGUUGUUCGGUUCUCGGGCACGUUAUGCAUUUCCCUAGUACCAGCGUCGACGCCUCCCCUCCACACGCCGUCACCGUCGCCAUCUCCGCCCACUGCGCACGCAGCCGCCCAUUCUCCCUCACAACCCCAAAACACCGCGGAGGGUGGCCAACCUGACACGGCCAAUAAUCCACAAGUGGACCUUAAACCCGGUACUCGGAAGAGCAAUGUCGCAUUCUCUUUUCUACCGGAUUACCGGCUCGACCUUUCCGUGAGGUCUCUGAUCGGCUCCCGCAGUAGACUGCAGGAUGUGCCCAAGGUGGCACAAUUAGUGGAAGCCCGCGUUCAUGCGUGGUUUGAAGAACGAGUUGUUGAACCCCGUGUGCAGGUGGUGGGGUUGCCGGACCUUUGGCCUCGGAUGGGCCGAACAGGUGUGCGGACUGGUGAGGACUCUGAAACCGGAUCCAAUGCGGCCCCACGGUCUGCCAUGUCCGCCGACGUGGGAAAUCCGCUCCGGGACGAUGAUAGUGACCGAGAACCAGACGGCCUGCGCUACCGUGGACGUCUGGGAAUGCGGCCUCCGUUCGACAGUGUCUCCCGGUCCAGUAGCUUCAAUGUUGAGACGGGGGGGUUCCGCAGUCAUAGUUUGGCUCGAGAGGCCAGCACUGGUGGUAUGAGUGACCAAUUACAAAUGCCAGGUGCUAUGCCUGAUGCAGCGGCACAGUAG